AUGAAAACUCCAACUAGGAAGGAGUUGGAGAAAAACUUGCCGAAACAUGUAUUUCUAGUUCUCAACAAGUGUCUGUUACUGUAUACUUCUCUGGCCAAAUUGGAACUGGAGCUGUUCCGAAUCGCAGGAGUGUUGGUGGAAAAUCGCAUUUCAAACUUGACAAUUUUCAACGCAGAUGGUCACCUUAACCGGUUUUUAUCACUCAAAUACAAAGAUUGCAGUGAUAGAAGGUUGGAUUUUAAAUCUUUAACUGAAUUGUGCCUGGCCAAAAAUUCCUAUAUUGCUGAUGAUUUUGAUGAAUCCUGUAACACUAACCACACACUUAUAUACUAUAUAAACAAGGUUAACAAUGACUUGUUUAUCUCAAGUCACAAAAUUAGCGGUAAUUCCGGUCGAAAGGGGUUAACGCUCGUGGUCAUUGAUAACACACAUUCACACUCGAAACUCUUAAAAUUAACUCCAAAACCUAGUUUUACAAACCCGAACCCAAAUUGGAUUAGGGAGAAAUCAAAGAAAGGUAAAAUUAUUCUGGAGUAUCAAGUUCCUGAAGAGUCCUCUGUUACACACCCGGAGGUACAAAAGGAGUUGUGCACUUUUCAUGGUGUUACAGUAUCGCUUCCUGAUUUAUUGAUUUCAAUACGUUUAACAUUACUUGACCUGAUUGUUUUUAUUUUCAACUAUGUAUACACUCUACUUUUAAACAAAGUAUGUAGUUUACUAAAGCGUAUUUUCUCUAAGGUAAGACUUAGAAGAAUUAAACUCGACAAGGAGUUACUGAAAUUUGCGCUUGUAAUAAGAUUGGGUGAUUUGUUUACAGGUGGAAUGUCAGUUGUCCACGCAUUUGGUGCUUCUGGAGUUCAGCCUUGGUUCCUUUCAGAGGCUGAAAUUUAUGAAGUCUUCGGACUUAAGACCAUGCAUAUUGUUAAUUGUAUCAACCAAUUUGCAAAUACGGUUCGAAGAUGCGGAAAAUAA